AUGUCUCGUGUAGUGAACAACAAUAGUGGUUUUCUUCAGCUGUUAGCUGCUUGCCCCGCUUAUCACCGCCAGUUUCUUUUAAAGACAGCUACACCACAGCAACUUCAUGCACUAGUCCAAGUCUUAUACAAUUUACUCAUGGGACACAUUCCUGUCUCCGAAGAAAAUAAGCGGGUAUUGCUGCCAUAUAAGGAUGCUUUACUUAACCUGGCCAGUCCAAAUGUCCCUUUCAAAACAAAGAAGCGAGUCCUUGUUCAAGAGGGUAGUGGUUUUAUUGAAGAUGUAUUAGCAGCUGUCGUUUCAAGCUUAGGAUUUCUAAUGCUAUAA